GGCCUAGAUUAUUCACUUUUUACAAUGAAAGCACAGCAUUUGUUAAUUGUUUUAUUGCAGGUGUCUAAUAUAACAUUAUCUUCAGGUCUACUGGAUGUGUUUGCGGCUGCUACAUCUUAUGUGGUUAAUACAUUUUUUGAACGGGAUGGUUUGCUGCCUUUUGACCGUAAGCGGUUGAAGGAAGAUUUAAAAGACUCUCUCUUUGGGCAGCACAUUGUGUGUGAUGUUGUACUAAAAGCUGUAACAUCAUUUAUGACUGACAGCAAACCAAACAAACCACUGGUCCUCUCUUUCCAUGGGACAGCAGGAACUGGAAAAAAUCAUGUCACCAAAAUCAUUGCAAGAAAUGUGUACGAAAAAGGGGAAGACAGUGAGCAUGUGCGGACGUAUAUAGCUAAACAUCAUUUCCCAAACAAAAACGAAUUAGACCUUUACAGUGCACAACUAAAACAGUGGAUUCAUGGAAAUGUAUCAAGUUUUCCCCGCUCCAUGUUCAUAUUUGAUGAAAUGGAAAAGAUGCAUCCAGAGCUGAUCGACACCUUAAAGGCCUUUCUGGACUACAAUGCCCGUGUAGAUGGAGUGUCAUUCCGCAAUGCAGUCUUCAUUUUUCUUAGUAAUUCAGGUGGGAAUGUGAUUACUGAAGUGGCUCUGGAUUUCUGGAGAGAAGGCAAAGACCGAGAAAAGAUUUGGAUGAACAGCAAGGAACUAGAGACUAAAAUCUUUCAAGACAUUUUCAAUAAUAAGAAAAGUGGAUUUCUGUACUCUAGUAUCAUAGAUCAUCAUCUGGUUGAUCACUAUAUUCCUUUCCUACCUCUGGAGCUGAAGCAUGUGCGUCAAUGUGUCAUGGCUGAGAUGAUCCAUCUGAAAAUCAACCAAGAUUAUGAUUUGGCAGAUAAAGUUGCCAGAGACAUGCCCUUCUUCCCUGAAAAACAGAAAAUAUUUGCUCUUAAAGGCUGCAAGUCUGUCAGACAAAAGUUGAUGCUGCAUAUUGAGGACAACGAGCAUGCUGCCCUUCCUGAUUUGGAAAAAUACAGUAAGGAAAAUUGA